AUGUGGAUAAAAAAGUGCACGAUCAAGCUGAUUCGGGAAGAGUGGCAGAACUGCGCUCGCGCCGCCGCGGCCGCGCGCGUGCUCGAGCAGCUGGAGCGCGGCAACGCGCUGCGCCGCCUCGCGCGCCACCACCACGCUCACAACAACCACGCGCUGCUCAACGGCGGCGAAUUGAUGGACGAGAAAGCGAAGCGGUUGAUGGCAAGCAUAAGGGUCAUAACGGCCGAAGUGAAAGCGGACCCCUCGUGGGAAGGCGCCACGCAGACACUGCUCGAGUGCGCCGAGCUGACGGUGGAGCGCGCCGCCUUCGCCCGCCUCUACCUCCACGUGCUGUUCCCCAACGGCGAUGGCGACAUCGCGCGGGACCAGGUGCUGAGCGAGCACAUGCGCCGCCUGGCGGCGUGCACUAGCGCGCUGCGCGCCGGCGUCGCCCCGCGCCACCUGUGGGCGGCGCCCUACCCCCACGCGCAGACGCAGCUGCGCCACCUGCCCGUCUACCGCACCCCGCGCGACAAGGUGUUGUGCAUAAUGCGGUGCGUGUCGUCCAUAAUGUCCGUGCUGGCGCUGACGGAUGGCAGCGCCCCCUCCGCCGACGACCUCACCCCCGUUCUGGUCUACGUCAUACUCAAGGUGAACCCGCCAUCGCUGCUGUCCACCAUCGAGCUGGUGAACGCUCUCGGGGGCUCCGCCCUCAGCGGGGAGGCGCUCUACUGGUGGACGCAGUUCUGCGCCGCCGCGAGCCCCACUGGCACUCCGUAUUCGAAAGCCACUCCUAUACUCAAUCACCCCACUGCCAAUCUCAAUCGCGCCCCCAUUCCCAUUCUCACACCCAUUCCCAAGCUCAAGCCCAACCUCAAUCUCAAUCCCGCCCCCAUUCCCAUUCGCACACACAUUCCCAAGCACCUGCUCAACCCCACUCCCACUCCCAUCCUCAUUCCCAUUCCCACCGCCAACGCCCCACCACCAAGUCCCAGCCGGCGCAGCGAGAGGUCUCUGGCCACCGGCACAGCGGCACCUCAGGAUCCAGGCGGAAGGGCAAACCCGUGUAACUGCACUAAAGUUACACAGAACAUC